AUGGAGGCGAGUGUCGAAACACCACUCUCUACGAAGCCCUCGAGCCCUCGCCUUGACGCAGCUCAAUCCAAGAAGAAGAUCAGCCUCACUGCCCUCCCGCCCUUGGUCCGCAAUACGAUCUACAAGUACGCACUCGAUACCGAGCUCGUCAACACCGGCCUACCAAACGUAUCUUACACCCACUCUCUCGAUAACGCCACGGGACUGUUGAAGUUCAAGGCCUCGAGACCCCCAUUUCCUGUGGAGACCGGCUUGUUCUACGUAAACAAGCUGAUCAGUAAAGAAGCACUUCACUUCUUCUACUCCUCGAAUCUCUUCGCACGCUUUAGCAUCGCAACCUCCGAUGCCCGACACGCAAAGACAAUGCUGGUAGAUUCCGGUAUCCUGUUCGCUCCGUGUACACCUUCAGCGCUAGAUGCCAGCACACUCCAUGCUCUCGAUAUCUCCCUUGUCGAAAAAGAGAGCACCAAGAAGCGAGCGAGUGUCAUGUUUCCAGCUCAGUAUCUCCCACGUCUGAUUAACUUCCUCCGUGAAGCCGGCCAAGUGACAAAGUCAUGGGGGGCUACGCGUGCGCUGCACCUCUCCAUUCUGAACGCAUACGACUUCCCCAUUUCAAGACUACAAGGCGACCUCCUAGAAGGCUUCCGUGUCCUCAAGACCUUCUCCUCAGUCACUGUCUCCCCACACCAUACUCUCCCUCACUACGCCGCCGGCCUCAGCACAUCCAUGACGACCAAGUCAUUCGAAAUCCAGCAAUGGCUCAGCACCGUCACCGAGCUCGCCGACCUCUCCGAUGCUGCACGAGUCACGACCGAGAACGGCGCUGCGAACUAUACACUGAGCGUUGAGUAUGCACAGUCUGUCAUCAUCGCGCUGACAUACGGGUUCCUCACAUCCGCCGAGCAAAUCCACGGGCCGGAGCAUGCGGAAGACACAUUCAAAGCCAUCCAACGUCUCCGAUGGCGCGUGGAGCUAGGUCUCGGUAUCACGCUGAGCUUGAUGCACAAGGAGUUGGAUACGCAUAAAGACUGGCUCAGAGACACGAGCCUGCCUGCGGAGAAGAGGCGAGAAGCCGCAAAGGACCUGAUGCUCGCUGAGUCGAGCAUCUCCAAGGCGCUGAGCCUGGCCACCGACUCUCCUUCUCCGGCUUCGAAUCCGUGGUAUCUCUCCCUUCCCGUCGAACUCAUCCCCCCGAACAAGCCAAACUGGUUCUCUGAGCAGGACCGCGCGCAGACGUGGUAUGCAUUAGGCGUUGUUCACACUUCUCUUGGAGAAUACCUCUUUGCGGCCGGUGCGUUUGAGCGAGCGUUAAGCAUGUGGGGAUCGAGAGAAGGAAUGGAGAAAGUCGAGGCAGCAUUUGAGAAGGCGAGGAUGGGGAUCGAGAGCGAUAGGGAGGGCAUGUUCAAAGGACGUGUUCAGCCUGGAAGCGGACUGAGAGGCGCUGCUAAGAUCGCUGCGAGCAAGCUUGAAGAGUGA